GGCUGCCCAGGAAUAUCGAAACAAACAAACGCAGAUAUAUUUCCGAGAAAAGAGAAACCGAGAAAAGUUAACAUGAAAUAUUAUGUCUUGUUGGUGCUGAUACAUUCGGGUAUUAUUCUGGCAUGUGAGACGCCAACAAAUAACACAGCAAACUUUAAAAAGUAUGAAGCUGAACUAUUAUCACCUCAUUUACCACUGGAGUAUGAUUCCAAAGGUCUUCAACCGUUCUUUAAUCUCGCAAACUCGUUUAUGAACACUGUGCAGCCAAAAUCUUUUGGUAAAGAGUUUAAAGGAAUUGAAUAUGAUAAAAUUUUGGAUCACAAAGACAAGAUAAAAGACUAUGAAGUACCCAUUCUUAUCGCUGCAGCAUUUGGAUUGCUGUUUGCAUUGUUUAUGCCUAUUAUUGGGUUUUGUUUCUGUUGCUGUCGAUGUGCAGGAAAUUGUGGAGGAAAAAUGUUUCAAGAUCCAAAAAGUUCGACACAACACACCAAAUGUGGCAUAAUGGCGUUUAUAUUGCUUGUUGUAACUAUUUUCAUGUUAUGUGGUGUACUGUUUAUGUUUGUAACAAAUAACAGGAUUCAUUCCACUGUUGAAGAUGUGGGUCUGACAUAUGAACAGGCAUUAAAUGAUGUUCGAAGUGUUGCCAACUCAACCAUUGAAGCUGCACAACAUGUACGUGACACUAUUAUACCGUGCAUUAUCCGGCCAGCGAUUGAUGAUAUUUCUAAUCCUGGGAUACAACUUAAUAUUGGAGUACAACUGAAAAACCUGAUUAGUUCAAAUGUCAGCGGGGUUCUGUCAAAAGCACUAGUUGAAAGCCAAAAGCUGGAUGCAAUGUAUAAACAGUUGCAAGAUGUGGACAGAUUAAAAAAUGAGUUGGAAGGACAUACAAAUACACUGAAAAAUAAUUUGACUAAUAUCAAAAAUGAUUUGAAUACAAUUAUGACUGAUUGUGUAAAUGCUGGCAUGUCCACUGAAUGUGAUCCUAUCCAAGCAAUCCAUGAUAGCUUGAACGUUAACAUUGAUUUCACUACCCUACCAGACACCACUGCUGAACUCAACAAUCUUAAAACAGCUAUUGACUUUGACCUAACUGGAAACAUAAAAAUUGGACAAGCGACAAUUAAUGACAUUCCUACAACAGUCGUUGACAAAUCAAACAGUGUUCGCAACGAUGCAAGAACCAAAAUUAAUAAGGGAGAGGGUGAAGUUAAGACACAACUUAAUAAAGUAAUCAAAGAUAUAACUGAUGGAGUUGUUAACUUGACUAGAGACCACCUGAAACAUAAGGAUGAAUACACGUCAAAAACUUCAAAAUAUUAUAAGUAUGAAAAUAACAGGUGGCAUGCAUAUAUUGGAUUAUCAUGCUUAAUGGCGCUGAUAGUCAUUCUGAUUGGCUUAGGACUAACUUUUGCAGCGUGUGGAUAUAAGAAGGAUCGACGGCCAUCAAAAAGAACAAAGGUAGCCACAUGUGGAGGGAACUGCUUAAUGUCGGCUGUUGGAUUGAUGUUUAUAUUCUCCUUCCUGUUCAUGCUGUUUUGUGUUAUAUGGUACGUGGUGGGCAUUCAUCUAUAUAUUGUGUGUCGUGAUAUGGAAGAUGGAGAGUUAAUCGAUGACUUGUACAAAUUUAAACCGACUGAUAGUGAUGAAGUUUUAAAGGUCUCACAAACACUCAAAAAUUGCCGUAAUAACAUGCCUCUUUUUGCUGCAUUGGAUGGAGACCGUUUUUUCAAUAUCACUAAAAAUUUUGACAUAAAAGAGCAUGUUCCAGAUAUUAAUGAUGAAAUAAAGAAAAUAAACAUCGACUUGACAGAUAAAACUAUCUUAACAAAUGAUGCUGAAAGCAGUAUAACUCAAUUUAUUAACUCUGGUGUCGAUGACUUAAACUAUACAAAGUUCCUUGCAACAUUAAAAGAAAAAAUAACUGACGUUGACUUGACUGUAGUUUCACAAAACCUUUCUACAGUUGCUGCGGGCAUUUCUAAUACAGGCGUGAAAACAAAGAUAGAAGAUGUAGCAAAAAAGGUGGAAAAUGUCCAGCAUACUACACUAGCGACCAUCCAACAGAAAAUGAAUUUUCUCAAACAAAAUGUAACGGAGGUGGAAAUAAAAGCAACCAAUCUCAAGGAUGGAACUACAUCACUGUUAAAUGACUUGAAAGCUUCAGAAACUUUCCUCACGUCAUCAUAUGUGCAAGAUGAAAUCAAGAAGAUGGUGCAACAACUGUCUGACCGAAUCCUGGGUUGGUUGACUCAGGGAACAGAUUACAUCACAAAAGAACUUAAAGAGAGUUGGUUUAAAUGCAAACCCGUUGCACAGUUGUAUGAUGGGGUUCACACGUUCGCAUGCGACAAUGUUGUACAGAACACGAAUGGUUUUUGGUUAGCUUUGGGCUGGUGCUUGCUUUUCUUUAUACCAGCCAUCAUACUUUGCGUGAAGUUGGCAAAAUAUUUCAGAAAAAUGGAUUAUGAUUCAGGCUAUGAUGAUAACAUCCAGCAUCCACCUUACAACGAUAAAAUUCCAUUGCAUUCUAUACAGCCUAAUGAUUUUAUUCCGCGGCCCUUUUCCACACCUCGUGAUUCGUAUGUUGCACCGCCAGGACGUUCGCCUCAGGAAAGCAGAUCGCUAGAUGAACAGCUACAACUUAUUGGAGACUUGGAAAACAGACCGCGCCAAAUGAGUUACAACUCAACUGGUGAUGACAAUGCGACAUCAAUGACUAGCCAGCACACUUCUCCACCUAACGAACCUGCACAAGAACCACCUAUGUACAGUGUAAACACUCCUUCACAUGCACUACAAUUUGACGACGUCGCAUAUGAUCAUAACCCUCCUCCACCGUACAACCAACACGAAAAUUCUGGGUACACAUAUCAAUGAAAAUGUAAAUACGCUAUAAAAGCUCAGAGAAGAAGUUCAGAGAAAAAAAAUCAACUAUUUUAAGUUUGCCUUCUUUAUUAUAAUUGUAUUGUGUACACGAGGCAACAAUUUUUUUAUAUUCCGAUUGUUGGAGUAUUGUAGAUCGAUGCUCAUGAUUUUUAGGAGAUCGUUUUUCUUCUUUGCCAGGUCUGGGGAGAUUGGUUUUAAUUUUGUUUUUAUUUUAGCCUGUUGUAUUUUUGUGCAACUAAUAAGGUUGUGUGGAGACUAGUUAACUUACUAUGGAUACGAUUAUGUUUCGUCGGGAUUUUAUAUUUUUUACUUUGAAGGGCUAUACCAAGUUGAUUAGUCGUUGAACCAUCUAACCUGUUUAGCAGGGUUUUCCUUCAAAUUUUUGUACAGGGUUCCUUUUGAUAAUUCAUUUUUCUAGUUAAGGCCUAAUUCUUACAAGUUGCUUAAAAGCUUUGAAUAUUUUCUAUAAUUAAAGGGUGUUGUAGUAACUGAAGGACGGUCGUGACCAUGGAGAUGGUGUGACGAUGCACGUAUUGUGUAAUUUUUAAUCAUGAAAAGAAUUUAUUGUCAGAUAAAAUACUUUAUUGAUUUUGCAAAGUGUUUAUAAAACGUAAAGAUAUACAUAAUUGAACA